AUGGCAAAAGUAUCACCCAGAGGUAUCCAGGCCACCAACAUGUUCUUCUCCUCAUGGGCCUUAAUCUUCUUGACGCUAGGAAACCUCAGAGAAGAAUGGGUUGAACUGACAUUGGAAACAAAGAAAAAUACAAUAAGCCACAGUCCUUGGAUAUGUUGUACUACUCUUUGGCCAGAAGAUAGCCUGGAAGUGGUCAGGAUCAUGAUGAUUUUGUGUCUCAGCCUUUCCUUUGUCCAUAACUUGUUCCUGGGUUUGGAAUUUACCUAUUUCAUUCCUCAAACUAAAUAUGUCCUCUUCAUCACUGUCUUCCUCAGUUUCUUCACAGGUAUCCUUUUGCUCUGUGCACUCAUACUGUAUCAGCUAAAGCUAAAGCAAGGUCAAUCCGUGUACUACUCUACUUACAAGAUCACCUGGAUCGUUUUCACUACCUACUUAAGUGUUUCCUUCUUUAUGGCCUCUGGAAUUCUCUCUCUCCUAGAGUGUAAAAAGUCCACCAGUGCUUGUGCCUGCGUGACCCUCAUCCAUACACCUGAAAGAGAAAGUGAGGACAUAGAGGAAUCUGAGAGUUCUGUAAAAAUUGUUUCCUUACCAGAAAAUGCAGCAGCGCCUCGUAGUAUUGUUCAUACAAGGGAAGGUUCUCCAAACAGACCACAACUGCAAACUCGUCGUGUAACCUGGGCUCUAUGA